CCUCAAUAUAAGUUCGCAUUCUACAAUGGUGUCUGUUGCACUUGACGAGGUAUCUCAAAAUGCCCGAUACCUGGAAAGCGAUCUCUGAACGGAAGAAAGCUGAGCAGGCUUCCCGUAUCCCCAAAGAGUGGAGGAUUGACCCGGCUCACCUCCCAAAAAAUAACACCAAGAACGUUAUUGACGUGCCUAGACAAUGCGGGCUUCUAAGCAGAGAGGAAUUACAUGUCACAGAGGACUAUGAUGCUACAGAAUUACUCGAAAAGCUCCGCACUGGUGGUCUAAAAAGCUUCGAUGUGACAAAGGCAUUUUGCAAACGUGCUGCUAUAGCACAUCAGGUUACCAACUGUUUAACGGAGAUUUUUUUCGACGUUGCCCUCGACCGCGCAAAAUAUCUCGACAAUUACUUUUCAGAGCACGGAAAGCCAUUCGGCCCCCUUCACGGUCUUCCUAUCUCUCUCAAAGACAGCUUCAAGAUCAAAGGCCAAGACGCUAGCAUUGGCUUCGCCGCGUUCGCCUUCAAGCCUUCUACCACAAACGCACCCUUGGUAGAUCUGCUCCUCGACGCAGGUGCAGUCCUCUAUUGUAAGACGAAUAUUCCUCAGAGUCUUAUGCAGCUUGAUAGUCACAACAAUGUCUUUGGGAGGGUACUGAAUCCACUCAACCUCAAAGUCACUGCCGGGGGAAGCACCGGUGGUGAGGGGGCGUUGAUCGCGAUGCGCGGCAGUGUUCUAGGUGUGGGAACAGACAUAGGUGGCAGCAUCCGUGUUCCCGCCAUGUGCAAUGGAUUGUACGGCGUCAAACCCAGUUGGCAACGAGUGCCUUACAGUGGACAACAAGCUGCAGGUUUAGACGGUGUUUCAUACCUCUCUGUGCACGCCAGUGCUGGGCCUAUUGCUACAAGCAUGCGGGAUUGUGAAAUGUUUCUGAAAACUGUGGCAGCUGGGCAACCAUGGAAGCUGGACGCCGACGUAGCCUAUGGCCUUUGGGAAGAGCAGGGUCCUAUCAAAACCAAAAAAGACUUGGUCGUAGGUAUUGUGCGAAGAGAUGGACUGAUUGAUCCUCUCCCCCCAAUCAACAAUGUUGUUUCUGAGACUGCCGAUAUGCUUCGUGCUCAAGGCAUCCAGACCGUGGAACUAGACAUCUCACAUCUUUUCAAGCAAUGUCAGUCCCUUGCGAACGUGCUAUUUAGCAUCGAUGGAAACAACUACGUCUUCGAUGUACUUGAGCAGAUGGGAGAACCGUUGAGUCCAUGGCUUUCAACGCGUCUCAAGAGAAAAUCACCAAUUACUCUAGAUAAACUGAGAGAAGCGCAUGUGAAGCGCGCCCAAUUGCGAGAGAAAUUCCUCAAGAUCUGGCAAGAUCCAAGCACAGGACGAGAGAUCGAUGCGAUCAUCUGUCCUGUGGCACCGCACCCGGUCCCACCUAUCGACCGAUGGAAUGGCGUUAGCUAUACCAGCUCCUUUGUCCUUUUAGACUAUCCUGCGGGUACAAUACCUGUAAGACCGCUAGUAUCAAGCGAUCUCAGAGCAAAUGUUCCCUCGAUUCCGCCGCUAGGACCAUGGGACAAAGUGAACCGUGAACUGUGGACUAAGGUUGAUAAAGAGGAAUAUUUAGGGACACCAUUGUGUGUUCAAGUAGUUGCACCAACAUUGCAAGAGAGGCGGUUGGUUAGUGCUAUGCAGAUCAUUGAUGAGGCACUCAAGGCUCAAAUGACUUUGGAACGGUCGAAACUGUAGCCGGUCAUUGGUCACCGGAUCACGUAUCAAUAGUUCAUCGCAUUUAAAAUAUAAUUGCGUUCUAACUGUCA